CUGGCAGUUGCAACAAAGAAGUGGAGGAUAACCAACAACGCCCCCUUCAUAGGACCAAUUGCAUUCUUGGUGGCCUUUUAUGUGGAUCGCGUUUUCCACAAAAAAACUGCUAGUGUCACGCGUUUUCCCAACCGUUUAUGGUUGGACAAGCGAAAAGCUCAGGCAGAGGGAGAAGAUGGAGCUUGAGUCCAGUGAUACUAUCGGGAGCGGAAGUGUGGUAGAAAGAGGUGACCCUGAAAAGCUGCCUCGGCCAUCAAUGCUAGUUGUCUUUGAAGCAGAAGAGUCGGAGCCAAAGGAGCAGUUGGAAACCGCGAUGGAGGCGUUCGCAGAUGCAAGUGACGAUGCAGUGCGGGGACUGGAGAAUUUGGUGAGAAGUAUGGAUGAUUUAACUGAUAUAAUCAAGAACUUUGAAGCGAUGAAGCUUGCUGCAUCAACUGCCUGCAAUAUGAUGGGGAUAAUUCCUGAAGUGGAGGUGGGCGAGGAGGAAACGGUUGCGUCCAUGAAGACAGCUUUGGCAAAGGACAAGCUGAAUGCACCAGAGCUUAUAGAGGUUGUGCAACGCAUGAUCAAAAUUACAGCACAGCUGAACAAGCUUACAGACCAAGGGCCAUCGUUUGAACUCCAUCCGUCUUUUGUAGUAGAUAAUGUAAGUUGAAGACUAUCCCGGACACAAAUGUAAUUUUUGAUGAAAAAUCAA